AUGUACAACCUCUGUUCAGUUUCCGACAGGCUGAGGAUUUUUAAUGGUGGGUUACGAUUCGUACCGGACUGGAAAAAAGGUAUCUCCACGGUCGAGGAGAUAUCGGAGAUGCAAGACGUUCUAUUUCUGCUUAGAGAUGCUUCUAUUUCGGAUUGCAAAGAUACUUGGUUUUGGGGAGAGGAGGCGAAGGGGACUUAUUCUGUGGCUCUUAUGAAAAGUAUGAUUAGAGAAGAAGAGGAGGUUAGGCGUGAUUUUUGUAUGCGAUGGGAAUCUUGGAUUCCGAUCAAGGUUAAUAUAUUCGUGUGGCGAACGGAAAUGGAUCGCAUCCCGACAAGAAUGGCGCUGAGUAGAAGACGGUUGAAUGUUGGAGAUAGCUCUUGUACCUUGUGUGGUAUAGGGGAUGAGGAAGUUAUGCAUUUGUUCACCGGGUGCGUUUUUUCAUUCGGAGUUUGGUCUAUUGUGGGACAGUGGUGUAAUAUCAUUCCUAUCAUGGCGUUUGAUUUUAAAGAUUUGUUGCGGAUUCAUGAGUCGGUUACAGGAGGUAAAUGGGCGAAGAAAGUAAUUAGAGGGAUCGUGAUGGUUACUUGUUGGGCGAUAUGGAAGAGCCGGAACGAUAAAGUCUUUAGGGGGACUACUCCGAAGGUGGCCGAGGUAGUUGCUAUGGUUAAGUCUUGUUCUUUCUUAUGGCUAAAAAAUAGAACUAAAUUCGCUAAUAUUGUUUGGAAGGAUUGGGUCAAAAAUCCAUUGUAUAUGUUGUAG